AUUUGAUUACGUUGAAAAACUUGUUUUAAACAGAAUUUGCUAAAAAUGAUUGCAUCGAGACCUUGAAGUUAUAGCCAAAGUUAUGCCAAAGAGAUGAGUGUUUCGAUGGAGAAGGGAGUGAUUGUCGGCAACACUCGGCCCACAGUUGACGGCAAACAAGUGAACGAAUUUCUGGGCAUUCCUUACGCCAAACCACCCAAAGGUGACCUCAGGUUCCGGAAACCCGUUCCC